AUGGCCGACGAGAUUGAAUUUGCCUUAAAACAGAUGAAACGCGGGAAAGCAUCUGGGGAAGAAGGAGUUUCCGUGAAAAUGCUGCAAACUGGUAGACCUUCAAUAUAUAAGCUCUUUGCCAAGGUUCUGUGCAACAGAAUGUUUCGACUUUUUGAGGAGAACCAACCUGUAGAACAGGCGGGCUUUCGGAGUGGAUACUCCACCACAGACCUCAUGCACGCAGUCAAGCAACUCAUUGAGAAAUGUAGAGAAUACCACAGACCCCUGUUUUUAGCCUUCGUCGAUUACGAAAAGGCUUUCGACAGUGUGGAACAUUGGGCGAUUUUCAAUUCCCUCCAUCGAUGCGGCAUUGACAAGCAGUAA